AUGUCGUCACCUCGGAGGAGAGUUCAGGUCUCGUCUGCCUCGUUAGGGGAUAAGCAACCCCUGCCCAAGAAAGGUCCUCCGUCGCCCUUCUAUCUCCCUCUGGACAUAGCUUUCUACAUCUGUCUGAUCUCGAAUGGCAUAGCGGCAUUUUUGGCGCCGAUACAGGAUUGCGAUGAGGUCUUCAAUUUUUGGGAGCCAGCGCAUUACCUGAACCAGGGUUACGGCCUUCAGACAUGGGAAUACUCUCCGGUUUAUUCGAUCCGGAGCUGGCUCUAUGUGGUCCUUCAUGCGAGUGUGGGGAAGGUUGCGUCCCUCGUCCUAAGCAGCAAAAGUUCGCAAUUUUACGCCAUCCGAUUUGUCCUGGCUUUCGUUUGCGCCGCAUGUGAGACACGACUAUACUCGGCCCUUUGCCGGAUACUUCGCCCACGGAUCGGUCUAUUAUUCCUCAUGGUUGUCGCAUGCAGUCCGGGCAUGUUUCACGCAUCGGCCGCAUUCUUGCCCUCGAGCUUCACCAUGUACAUGUCCAUGCUGGGCCUGACGGCUUUUCUGGAUUGGCGGUCAGGGCAAAAAAUUGCGCAGGGGAUUAUGUGGUUUGGGCUCGGUGCAAUCGUCGGCUGGCCGUUUGCGGGAGCGCUGAUUCUCCCUCUUCUGCUCGAGGAAGCUGCCAUUGCCUUUGUGGCUGGGUCCAUGAAGGCUAUGGUCCGCAGCACUGUGAAAGGCGCAUUGAGGUGUCUGGCGAUCCUGGCCGCGGAAAUCGCCGUCGACUACACUUUCCUUCGCAAAGUCACCAUUGUGCCGUGGAAUAUCGUGGCUUAUAACAUCUUUGGCGGAGAGGGCCGGGGGCCGGAGAUCUUUGGCACGGAGCCGUGGACAUUCUAUGUCAAGAACCUCCUCCUCAAUUUCAACGUCUGGUUCCUUUUCGCGGUGGCUGCGGCACCGUUGCUGCUGCUCCAGACGGUGUUCCGGUUCCGCACGUCCAAUAUGGACACACUCCUGCGCACCGUGACGCUGAUCCUACCUUUUUACAUGUGGAUGGCAAUCUUCACUGCGCAGCCCCACAAGGAGGAGCGGUUCAUGUAUCCGGCCUAUCCUUUCCUGGCCCUGAACGCGGCCAUCGCGUUUGACAUGGUGCUUUCGUACAUCGGGUCUCAGAACCCGAAGGAACUCAUCGGGCGCGUCCCCGUGUCGCUCAAGCUAACAGCGGUGAUGUCGAUUGUGCUGUUGGCCGUCAACGGCGGCUUUUUCCGGACUCUGGGCAUGGUCACCGCAUACAAUGCGCCACUGAAGGUCUUCGAGCCGUUGGAGCAGCCCGGGGUUGUGCAGGCAGGCGAUACCCUCUGUCUCGGCAAGGAGUGGUACCGGUUCCCAUCGUCAUUCUUCCUCCCUCAUGGGAUGCGGGCUAAAUUCAUCCGGAGCGAGUUCCGGGGGUUGCUACCGGGAGAAUUCCGCGAGGCCGUCGACUACCCUGCUCUGAUCGAUGGAACGUCUCGAAUUCCCACAGGCAUGAACGAUCGCAAUGAGGAGGAUCCUGAGAAAUACGUGGACAUCUCACAAUGCACAUUCCUCGUCGACUCCUCCUUCCCGGGGAACCCACCGACUGCACUGGAGCCGGACUACAUCCAUGACGAAACUCAAUGGGAGCAGGUCUCCUGCCGGGCAUUCCUGGAUGCAUCUCGGACGGGACUCCUGGGACGUCUGGUCUGGAUCCCGGAUCUGCCCAUAAUCCCAGACCGGUUCCGGCGCCAAUGGGGCGAGUACUGUCUUCUCCAACGACGCGAUGACCCCGCAAUCCUGCCAGCAGAAACCAUGCACCUACAAACCCUGGAUAUCAAACAUGCAACGGCCAUCGGCCUCGUCGUCUUCACCUUCAUCUACCUCCUCAGACUCUUCACCCAGAGAUUGAAAGUCAGCAGGGAUUCCCUCAAUCCCGAGAAUAAGACAGCCGUAACUAAGUUCUCCAAACCGAGUCGCAAACCGGGAGAAUGGAUCCCCUCGACUUUCCAACGUCCCCCAGCAUGCCCCUACCCAAACUGGGACAUCCACACCACAAAACCCAUUCCCUACCGGCCAUUCAAAUACGGACCGAAAUACUUCAUCACGAUGGGCCUGCGCAGCAUGAAAUGGGAUGAGUGGAUUGAACUCGACAACCAAUACGAUCGAUACCACGCAGACAAGGCGCGGCGGAUCGAACAGCGCGGAGAGAAAUGCUGUCGGACAGCGCCGGAGGCAUACGAGGGAGCGUGUGAGCUUCUAGAAGAGCUGAGAAACUACCUCCCCCAACGCUACCCGACCAUAUUUCGCCGCACACCAACCGGCCUCCGCAACACGCACACGCACGAGACAUUCAACACAACGCAGCGCCCCCUCCCCGAAGACCCCAUGACAACCAGCGCCCGCCUCGUCCAAGACGACCUCGCCCUAAUGAUCGAGCGCCCAGACGGCGAAUACUACCUCCUCGCCGGGGCAAUCCUCCUCGCGGGCUUCUGGCGCCUCAGCGACAAAUUCGGCAUGCGGCUGUCCGAAAUACACACCUCGGGCUCCGUGCCAGGGUAUCGCGAGAAGCUCGAGAAAGGAAUGAGCAAUUUCUUCCGCCGGCUCAAGCCCGAAGAGCCUGUUUUGCGGAAUAACUACUUCAUGCAGGUUGACGACGGGCUCGCAUGGUCGAAGAGUAUCGGGGAUGAAGAUGGUGCAGAUGUGUCGUGGAACACGGCGGAGCGGGAUCGCUGUGUCGAGCAGCACUUUUUUAGGUCCGAGAGGCAGAGUUUGAGGAGACUGCCGCGGUCGGGGGCGAUUGUGUUUACUAUUCGGACGUAUUUUGAGCCGGUGACUGCUAUUGUGAGGGAGCCGUAUGUGCCUGGGCGGUUGGCGGCUGCUGUGAGGAGUUGGGGGGAUGAUGUUGCGAGGUAUAAGGGGAGGGAGAAGUAUGGGGCGGUGUUGUUGGAGUAUUUGGAUCGGAUGCAUGAGGAGCAGGUUAGGGGGGGGUUGCUGGUGGGGGGGGAGGAGGAGGGGAGGUAUCCUUUUUGA